AUGAUCCUAAAAGCAUGUAAAGUGAGUUGUUUUCAUACAGUCACACUAUUCAAUUUAGCCCGAACUUUUCGCAAACACUUCCGAUAAUGAAGUUGAAGGUCUAGAGUUCGGUGAAACUGGCUUCCAGGACUGUUCGUUCCUAUUAAAAUGUUUUCCAUGUAAUACUUGUUCCUUCCGCAAUUGUUGGAGGAACACUUUACCAACUACAGUAAGUGAAAAAAAAUAUAAAAACGACAACCUUCUACUCGUUUAGAAAUUAUCUUUGCGAGAACUUGCCAAUUGUGAAUGUAUUCGCCCGACAAUCCACGGGAGUGCUCCAUACAAAAUCGACCUCAUUUGUUGCAGAGUAUAA